UAAAAGGGGUUCUCUUCGCUGUAAUCCUGAAUCGAUUAUCUUCCAUCGAAUUCAUUUCCUUUGUUUGUUUCGUUGAUCUUACUGGUUAAUAUCCAUAUACAGCAAAAUCGAAAUGGGAGACGAGGUCCGAACCCAGCAAGAAGAAGAGAUCGUGUCUUCUAAACCUCCAACUAUUCCUCUUCUCACACCUUACAAGAUGGGAAAAUUUGAUCUUUCUCACAGAAUUGUUUUGGCACCAUUGACUAGACAGAGGUCUUAUAAUAAUGUUCCUCAGCCACAUGCCAUAUUAUACUACUCCCAGCGAACCACCAAAGGGGGUCUUCUUAUAUGUGAAGCCACUGGAGUAUCCGACACUGCUCAAGGGUAUCCACUUACGCCAGGUAUAUGGACCAAAGAACAAGUUGAAGCAUGGAAACCCAUUGUAAAUGCUGUGCAUGCCAAAGGAGGGAUUUUCUUUUGUCAGAUUUGGCAUGUUGGAAGGGUCUCAAGUACUGAUUUUCAGCCAAAUGGGCAAGCUCCAAUAUCUUCUACCGAUAAGCCCUUGCCUCCACAACUCUCAGCAAAUGGUAUUGAUUUUGAUACAUUCACACCUCCGAGGCGCCUUAGGACUGACGAAAUUCCUUUUGUCGUCAAUGAUUUUAGGAUCGCUGCUAGGAAUGCUAUUGAAGCUGGAUUUGAUGGAGUUGAGGUCCAUGGGGCUCAUGGCUACCUCAUUGAUCAGUUUUUGAAAGACGCUGUGAAUGACCGGACAGACCAAUAUGGUGGAUCCUUAGAGAACCGAUGCCGAUUUGCUCUGGAAGUAGUUGAUGCUGUUGCUAAUGAAAUUGGUGCUGAUAAAGUUGGAAUAAGGAUGUCUCCCUUUGCCGGCUAUAUGGAAUCACAUGAUUCAAAUCCUGAAGCCUUAGGACUUUACAUGGUCCAAGCCUUGAAUAAACGAGGGAUUCUGUACGUGCACAUGGUUGAGCCAAGAAUGAAAAAAGUUGGAGAAAAAUGUGAAUCCACUCAUAGCCUUGUCCCCAUGCGAAAGGCUUUCAAUGGUACUUUUAUUUCAGCGGGAGGUUUUGACAGGGAAGAUGGGAACAAAGCUGUGGCAGAGGACCGUACCGAUCUCGUUGCUUAUGGUCGCAUUUUCUUGGCCAAUCCUGAUCUGCCUCGGAGAUUUGAGCUGGAUGCCCCUCUCAACAAGUACAAUAGGGAGACAUUCUACAUACCAGAUCCAGUCGUUGGUUACACUGAUUAUCCAUUUCUUGAUUCCACUGCUUAGCUUUGUCAAGGAGGAAAGGUCUCAUCAAUUGGUUGCUUGCAGUUAUUAGAUGUUUUCUUACUUCUGCUUUUCUUUUCCUCAAAUCAUGGAUUACAUUGUAUGAAUGAAUCAUUGUAAGCAUUUCACAGUAAACUCCCAUUGCUACAUUCAUGAAAUCUACUUAAUAAAACUGGAAGUCUUGUGUCAAA